ACUAGCGUCACGAUCGUCAUACGCAUGUUGUUCUCGUUGGUAACAACAUUACAUUCUCUUUAUUAAAUGUUAUUUAAACUUCUUUAGAUAGUAAUUUAUUGGAAAUUGGUUCUCACAAAAUAUUUUAAAAAUGACGAAAAACGAUGAAAAAUUCGACGGUAUGUUGCUUGCGAUGGCUCAACAACAUGAAGGUGGUGUUCAAGAUCUGCUCGAUACAAUUUUCAGUUUUCUGGCUAGAAAAACAGAUUUUUAUACCGGUGGAGGCGAUGGAGCAGCAAAAAAGUUGGUAAUGGAUAUUUUUAAAAAGCACGAAGAUACAGGUGUAAAAAAAGCAGAGACUGAGAAUGCAGAAAGAGCUGAGAAAAAUAGAAAGCAUAUGGAGAAAAUAGAGAAAAAGCGAAAGGAGGAGGAAGAUAUUGCUCAAAAAAUGGAAACAGAUCAAAGAAUUGUUGAGUUAUCUGAAGAGGAGGCUGAAAAGUUACAAGAAGAAAUUGAUAAUAAGAAAGCAGAGGGCGCCGCAUCAAGUAGUUCUACUUCUUCCGAGAGCAAUGUUAAAACAGAAGCUGCAGAUGAGGAAGAAGAAGAUGAAAGUGAAAAGGGAAAAUUAAAACCUAACAGUGGAAAUGGAGCAGAUCUUGCAAACUACAGAUGGACACAAACUCUUCAAGAAGUUGAGGUGAGAGUGCCUUUAAAAGCAAAAUUCACUGCUAAACCUAAGGAUGUAGUUGUUAAUAUUUCCAAAAAACAUCUUAAAUGCGGCUUGAAAGGACAAACGUCAAUUAUUGAUGGAGAUCUACCACAUGAGGUGAAACUUGAAGAAUCCACUUGGGUGAUAGAGGACGGAAAAACAUUGUUAAUUAAUUUGGAAAAAGUGAAUAAAAUGCAAUGGUGGGCUAAUAUUGUAACAUCUGAUCCUGAAAUUAGUACAAAAAAAGUUUGUCCUGAACCUAGCAAAUUGUCAGAUCUUGAUGGCGAAACAAGAGGUCUUGUCGAGAAAAUGAUGUACGAUCAAAGACAAAAGGAACUUGGUCUGCCUACUUCUGACGAACAAAAGAAACAGGACGUCAUAAAGAAAUUUAUGGAGCAACAUCCGGAGAUGGAUUUUUCUAAGUGCAAAUUCAACUAAAACUUGUUCACAAAUUCACUGUUUAACUGUGCUUUCAUUUUUUCGGCACCAUUAAUAGUUAAGAAUUUAGAAUAACACAUUAUCACUGUUACAUAUUUUUUUUACUGAAAUUUUUACAUUUUCAUAUAGUUAGGACAAACUUCAUUAUUUAAAAUAAUGUGUAAUUUAACAAAAAAUUCUUUCAUAUUUUAAUUGUUUCACACAAACAGAAUAUUUCAAAUACCUUUUGUUUAAACAAUAAAGAAAACUUUUAUUUA